AUGAUGUCAAAGAAAAGGAUGCUCGAGGACGACGACGACAGGGGUCCGGACAAACGCAGGAACAGCCUCCUCAUAGAUCAAGAAACUCGUUCGUAUCAGAGAAUGUACGUUGCCUGCGUCAACGCGUGCAUCGAUCAGAAUCCUCCUCCUACCCUCGUCAUGGUUCUGGAGGCUCAGGACACCAACUUGCAUCAGAUCAGCUCCAAGAUCAUGCCAGAAGCUGUCAUGUCAACGGUCAUUCAUCAAGUCUUGCAAGCUCUUUUCUACGUGCACAAACUUGGCAUCAUUCACGGUGGAAUCGACGCAACUGCAGUCUACAUUGCAUUCAAUGGAAAAGUUCGACUCGGCAACUUCUACAACUCAAGUUAUGCCGAUCAACCAAAGUGUCGGGGCAAACUUGAGUUGAUGGCACCAGAGAGAAUGUUGGGAAUUGAGAACACUUUGAAAAGUGAUAUCUGGAGCCUGGGCGUUAUGAUGUUCAAAAUUCUUACCGGACAACAUGAGCCUUUCGGGAAGUGCACAAACAAACUUCAGUAUAAGAGCACGUCGAGGAACGUCGGUAAACGUCCAACUGUUGCUGAGCUGCUCGACAUGCCCUUCGUGGGAAAGGCGCUGGGAGGCGUGAAUGGCAAGCGAACUUGGCCGACAGCCAAGACCUCUCAAUCCGUCCUUGCCAGUUGGGUGCAAAACGUGCUGACCGGGGGAGUAGCAAACAACGAGAGCGAGGAGACGGUGGGCAAGCAGAUCAUGGAGGUACUGGAGGAAGAUCAGAUGAGCCCGUGA